AUGGUUUUUUUCUGCUGGCAAGUGUCUUGGCUGCUGACCACUUUUCAGGCUUGUUCUCUUCAGGCAGUACUAUCUUUCACCACAGGAAUAGGGCAGGUGAGGAAUUGUAUUUACUUAGCAGGACAUCACGGGGCAGCUUCCCUUUUUAAGGUGGCGGGGUAUGGUGAGGACAGGCUGUUCUUUACAUGACUGGAGUCACUGUUGGAAUGGUUUGAUCCAAUGAUAUCAAAAGAGUUAAAAGCUUAUUAUCAGUUCUUACAGAAAGCCAAGUCGAGGUUCAUGGGUUGCUCUUGUUUUAGUGUCUUUACUGCCUGAAUUGCAGUGGAGUUGGGAGGAGCCUGGCUGGCACAGGCAGGAAAUGGUUAAGAGCCGUUUGUAUCACCUGGGAAAGCAAUCCUUUGAUUUUUCAGAGGGCGCUAACAUGCUGCAGUUCAUAGGAAACAAAGGAAAGGGGAUCAAGUAUAAAAGUUGUUCCUGGAGUUUAUUUUCAGUGGCAGAACUUGUGAGGGCUGCAUAUUGACGUCUGCUGAAAAAUACAGAAUUUUGGAUUCAUUUUUUCUCCCCCCUCCUUAUCUUUGAUCAGAAGGUGAUCUGUGAGAUUAUUUUCUAGUCCGUGGAUUCUCUUCAGUUACCCCAUUAUCUUUCCUGAAGUGUGUUGCCCCAAACAGAACUGAAGCAGAAGCUCUACUGGAGCCAACUGGAGGAAGAAGACCCCUCAACUAUUUUCAGUGUCAAAGAUGAAUUUCCUCAUGAGUUUUUCUUCCCAACUCUGAGUUGUCUCAAGUUCUCAACUCUGCCACUGAUGCCUAUAUGAUUUGGUGUGGCUGUCCUCAUAAAAUAAAAAAUAUGUCCAUCCGAGGCCUGAAGAAGAAACAACCAAAGACUUUUAAAGUCAAAAUUAUAACAGUGGAUGCUGAAAUGGAGUUCAGCUGUGAGAUGAAGUGGAAGGGAAAGGACUUGUUUGACCUGGUGUGCCGAGCACUUGGUUUGAGGGAGACUUGGUUCUUCGGCUUGCAGUACACAAUAAAAGGGAUGUGCAACUGGUUAAAAAUGGACAAAAAGGUUCUAGAUCAAGAAAUCCCUAAAGAAGAUCCCAUUAGCUUUCAUUUUUUGGCUAAAUUCUACCCAGAGAAGGUAGAAGAGGAACUAUUGCAGGAAAUUACCCAGCAUUUAUUCUUCCUUCAGGUUAAGAAACAAAUACUGGAUGAGGAGAUCUAUUGUUCUCCAGAAGCAACAGUUUUACUGGCUUCUUAUGCUGUUCAGGCCAAGUAUGGUGACUACGACCCGAAUUUUCAUGAGCCAGGCUUCCUAGCCCAUGAUGAACUUUUACCCAAAAGGGUCCUCAGGCAGUAUCAGCUGACAGCAGAGAUGUGGGAAGAGAAGAUUACUGCUUGGUAUGCUGAGCACAGGGGUAUUGCCAGGGAUGAAGCUGAGAUGAACUACCUGAAAAUUGCCCAAGACUUGGAAAUGUAUGGUGUCAAUUAUUUUCCAAUUGCUCAAAAUAAAAACCAUACAGAUCUCCUGCUUGGAGUUGAUGCCAAAGGUAUCCAUAUCUACAGCAUUAACAACAGGUUCUCUCCAAACAAGUCAUUUGAAUGGAGUGCUAUCAGAAACAUUUCCUAUAGUGAGAAAGAGUUAACUAUUAAACCUCUUGACAAAAAAGCAGAAGUCUUCAAGUUCUUUUCUUCUCAACUCAAAGUGAACAAAUUGAUUUUACAGUUGUGCAUUGGAAACCAUGACCUAUUUAUGAGGAGAAGAAAAGUGGACUCAAUAGAGAUCCAGCAAAUGAAAGCACAAGCCAGGGAAGAAAAAGCUAGAAAAAAGAUGGAGAACCAAAGGCUGGCCAGGGAGAAGCAGCUCCGAGAAGAAGCUGAGCGAGCCAAAGAGGAGCUGGAAAGGCGCCUUUUCCAGCUGGAAGAUGAAGCCAGGCAGGCCAAUGAGGCCCUGCUCCGAUCCCAGGAAGCAGCAGAGCUGCUGGCUGAGAAAGCUCAGAUUGCAGAAGAAGAGGCAAAAUUACUGGCCCAGAAUGCUGCAGAAGCUGAGCAAGAGCGCCAGAGGCUGGAGAUCACAGCUCUGAAAACCAAGGAGGAGAAACGCCUGAUGGAGCAAAAGAUGCGUGAGGCAGAGCUGAUAGCAGUGAAGCUGGUGAAGGAGUCUGACCGCAGAGCCAAGGAAGCAGAGCACCUGAAACAAGACCUGCACGAGGCCAGAGAGGCUGAACGGAAAGCAAAGCAGAAACUCUUAGACAUAACCAGGCUCAAUUAUCCUCACAUGGUCAAGUACCCACAGUACUCACCAGCUGAUGCCAGAGAUGCCAACUUUGACAAAGGAUCCAUAAAGCUGGAUUUGAAGGACAUUGACCUCAAGAGACUAUCUUUUGAGAUAGAGAGAGAGAGGCUAGACUACCUAGAAAAGAGCAGAAAAUUUGAGGAUCGACUGAAGGAGCUGAAGUCUGAAAUCCAUGCUUUGAAACUAGAAGAAAAGCAGUCUGGGCUUUACUCUCACUGGAAUGAAGUGCUGGGAUCCUUGGAUCGCUCCUUGGGAAAUAACCCAUCAUGGAUAAAAGCUUUUGAAACUGGAGAGUCACUGGAUAUAAACCUUCAAAGACCUUUCCCUUACUUGUUAAAUCCUACAAGCAGCUGGCCUUGUACCAACAAAACUGAACACCCAGUGCCAGUGAACAACUCAUCUUUUCCAGCAAGUUCCUUGGUUGCCAACAGUGUGGGCACAGGAACCAGGAAACAGAUUAUAAAGGUUCAGCAGCAUGACUCAGAUGUGAUCUACAUUUGAAGCCUCUCCUUUCCUUACCUGACCCCUAGAACCUGGUGGCCAUCUUUUAGCUGCUGCAAAAGGCACCUGCAUGGGGCGGCCAGUGUGGCACCGACACGGCACCGCUCCCUCCGAGCAGCCAGCAGCAGCCAGAGCCCUCUGCCCUGCUGACGUGGCUCCUGGCUCUGGGUAUAAGGGUAGACACACAAACCCAGAACAGUGGUGUUUACUACCUAUGCACUUUUGAAGAAACACUUUAAAGCUUCUUCCCCAGCUGUUCUACGUGCUGAUGAUCAGUUUGGUACUCUGCUUCUGUAGAAAGGAUGCUGGGCAGCAAGUGUCCAGGAGACCUUGGAUGUUUACCCACCCAACAGACUACUGAUGGUUUUGGUUAGGUCUGUGGGAUGUGACUCCCACAGUGCUGCUCAACACUUUGGUGUUUGCCUGACAAAUGUUUUCCUUUUCCUCUCCAAACAUUUCUUGGUUUGCUUAAGUGAUUUGCAUUUCUCUGUGAGAAAUCUCAUCUUUUAAUCCCAGAUGUAGAAAUGGACAGCUUCAAAUCCCUCUUGCUCCUGGGGCAUGCCUUUGUUUGGAAGGCAAAGCAUCUGUUCUCUCUGCAGUUUCUUGCUGGAUCAAGCACUUUCUGUUGCUUUUGUCACUCCAGCAAACUUUGCCUACAUGAACUUGUUUCCCAGUGCUGUGUACCACAGCUUCCACAUUAGACAAAGACAAAACCAUGCUGUUGUUGUCUGCUCAGUUGGACUUGUUUCUAAUGGAGAGGU